CUUCACCCACUCCACCCUAUGGCAUCACUGUGCUGGAGUGUGUGCGGGACGCGAUGGUACUAGCCUGGAAACAACCCACUUUCAUUGGCGGCGCUGACAUCACUGGUUACUUCGUUGAUUACCGUGAGGUCAUUGGUGGAGUCCCAGGAAAAUGGCACGAGGCGAAUAUUAAGUCUGUCAGUGAGAGAGCUUAUAGAGUUUCAGAGCUAAAGGAAAACAUGCUGUACCAGUUCCAGGUACGUGCAGCCAACAUGGCUGGUGUGGGCAUCCCGUCUCUUCCCAGUGAGACAUUCAAGUGUGAGGAGUGGACUAUUGCUGUACCGGAAUUAAUGUUUUCAAAACUUUUUCGCUCCUCCUCUCCAGUCAUCCCUCUGAAGACAGAGCUGGCCGUGGAGCUGCUGGAGAAGGGCAGAGUUCGCUUCUGGUUGCAGGCUGAGAAGAUCUCUGCCAAUGGAAAAGUUGAAUAUGUGUUCAAUGACAAUGUGGUCCACCAGGGAGAGAAAUACAAGAUGAACUUUGAUAAAAAUACUGGCAUCAUUGAGAUGUUCAUGGAGUCUCUGGGCAAAGAGGACGAGGGAACGUUCACUUUCCAGCUUCAAGACGGCAAAGCCACUAACCAGUCCAGUCUAGUGCUGAUCGGAGAUGUGUUCAAACAGUUACAGAAGGAAUCAGAGUUCCAGAAAAAAGAAUGGAUUAGAAAGCAAGGUCCACACUUCGUGGAGUAUCUCGGUUAUGAAGUCACACCUGAGUGCUGCGUGAGACUGAAGUGUAAGGUUGCUAAUAUGAAGAAAGACUCUGUGGCGCUGUGGUAUAAGGAUGGACGAGAGAUUAAGGUCAAUGAGAAACUGGAUUUCUCUGAAGGAGUGUUGACUUUGGAGAUCGUUCAGAUCUCCAAAAAAGAUGCUGGUAUAUAUGAAGUAGUUCUGAAGGAUGACCGAGGCAAAGACACCUCCACCCUCAACCUCACAGACCAAG